CAGUCGUUCUCUUUAGUCGUUGGCGGUAGAAUCGUCGCUCAUUGCAAAGCUCGCGACCAAGUUCAUUCCGACAAAGCCGCCCCCCCGCCCUGUGCUAGGUGACUCGCGGCACACUCUAUCGAAGACUCCCGCUCUUGUGAAGAAGGAUUGAAGAACUUUCUGCGUUAACCAUACACUAAGUAAUGGUGGAGGUCUACCGUUGCAGUGAUAGUUCCAUUGAAUGGAAGCCGUCAUCAAUUGUGGCCCUGGCUACGAGCCCUGAUGACUCCCAAAUUGCUGCCGCCAGAGAAGAUGGUUCUAUUGAGAUUUGGCUGGUUUCUCCAGGUUCUGCGGGCUGGCACUGUCAACUGACAAUACACGGGGAUGUGGAUUCUAGGGUUUCAUCUCUUGUUUGGUGUAGUUCAAAGUCUAGAGGUGGCCGAUUGUUUUCUUCGAGUAUUGAUGGAUCCAUCUCAGAAUGGGACAUUUUUGAAUUAAAGCAGAAGAUUGUGUUGGAUUCCCUUGGGGUUUCAAUAUGGCAAUUGGCUGUAGAACCUAACAAAGUUUCGCUAGAUCAUUCCGUAUCUAAGUCCUUGCAAUUUGAGAAUGGACAUGCUAGCGAAAGAUACAUUGAUAGCUUACAAACUUCUGACGAUCCUGAAACAAGUGAUACUGAAGAUGAUGAUGACAUGAAGGAACCCCAACUUCCUUCUGUUGUUAGCACACGUUUAGCACUUGCAUGUGAUGAUGGCUGCAUCAGGCUUUACAGUAUUUCAGACUCGAACAAGCUAAUAUAUGCAAAAUCAUUUACGAGAGUUAGUGGUCGUAUCUUAAGUGUGACUUGGAGCUUUGAUGGGAAUAGAAUAUAUUCAGGGAGUAGCGAUGGGUUCAUCAGAUGUUGGGAUACUAAAUUUGGUCAUGAAGUCUACCGAAUAACAGUUGGGCUUGGUGGGCUUGGUAGUGGACGUGAGCUUUGUGUAUGGUCAUUGCUAGCUCUUAAGUGUGGGACAGUUGUCAGUGCUGAUAGUGGCGGUAAUGUUCAAUUCUGGGACAGUCAGCAUGGGACACUUUUGCAGGCACACUCUUCUCAUAAGGGCGAUGUUACUGCCUUAGCAACUGUCCCUAAUCAUAACCGAGUAUUUUCUGCUGGUUCAGACGGACAGGUUAUCCAAUACAAGCUAUCAAAUGAUUUGGUUCCACAUGGUGAUGAUAAAAAAAGUGCUUCUGAACUGAUGAGGAAAUGGGUGUAUGUUGGUUAUGUCCGAGCUCAUUCACAUGAUGUAAGAGCUUUAGCAAUUGCAAUACCAAUUAGCCAAGAAGAUGUAUUACCCGACAUAAACCCAAAAAGGAUACGUACUAAGAAGAAGCCAAUUGAUUUUAGUUACCGUAAGUGGGCCCAUUUGGGAGUUCCAAUGCUAAUCUCUGGUGGUGAUGAUACUAAACUCUUUGCUUAUUCUGCCAAAGAAUUCACCAAAUUCUCGCCUCAUGAUGUUUGUCCUGCACCCCAACGAUCGCCAAUACAAGUGGUGUUCAGUGAUGCUGAAACUCCUUUGCUUCUAGUCCAAGCUUCAACUUGGCUAGAUAUAAUAUGUGUUCGCACAAAAAGCAAUAGUAUUUUUAAUGGUAUUGGGACUGUUGGUGGUGCUGCAACAACAGAACUAUUGGCCCGGGUGAAAUCUAAGGCAUCAAGAAAAAUUGUCUCCAGCAGUAUCUCGCCAUCAGGGUCGUUUAUCGCUUUUUCUGAUAAUGUGAGACCUGGUUUAUUUCAGUUAGAAAAAGGUAGAUUUGGGAAGAGUGUGUGGAAUGUGCAAAAGAAGAAGCUUCCAUCUAAUCUACCAUCUGCUCACUCUAUGGCUUUCAGUUUUGACUCUUCUAGGCUCAUGAUAGCUGGUCAUGAUCGAUUGAUAUAUGUUGUGGAUGUUGCAAAUGGAACAGUAGCUCAUGUCUUUACUCCAAGCCGUGGGGAGCACAUUGAGAAACUGCAACCAAAUGAACCACCCAUAACCAAAAUGUUUACAAGUCCAGAUGGACAGUGGCUAGCUGCUGUUAACUGCUUUGGCGACAUAUAUAUAUUUAACUUGGAGAUAGAAAGACAACAUUGGUUCAUAUCUAGAUUGAAUGGGUCCUCAGUUACAGCUGGUGGUUUCACUCCUCGUAACAACAAUGUUCUUAUUGUCUCCACUUCCUCAAACCAUGUCUAUGCAUUUGAUGUUGAGGCCAAAAAAUGGGGAGAUUGGUCUAUGCACAACACAUUUGCUCUUCCCAGAAGAUAUCAAGAGUUUCCGGGAGAGGUCAUUGGGCUUUCGUUCCCUCUUUCACCCAAUUCGACAUCUGUUAUUGUCUACAGUGCAAGGGCCAUGUGCUUGAUAGACUUUGGAAUGCCUGUUGAUGGAGCUGAUGAGAAAGAGUUUUUACCAAAUGAAUCAACAAUGAAGAAAUUAAUGAAUUACCCUACUAACAAUGGGAACAAGCUGAAACGUAAGCUUAAGAAGCUGGUGGAUGAAGUAGAUACUACUACUAAAAACAACCGAAGAAAUAAUUUUGAGUUUUGCCCCUUCAGAGAUCCUGUUUUAUUUGUGGGGCAUCUUUCGAAAAACUCAUUGUUGAUCGUGGACAAGCCAUGGAUGAGCGUUCUCAAAACACUGGAUACUAGUCCCGUUGACAGACAUGUAUAUGGGACAUAAAUGUGCUCUCCUCCUGACUUGCUAAUGUAAUCCUUUUUGUUUUCUUUUUAAAUUAUUUGUAAUUUACUCAUGAAUAUGAAAAUUUUGUUUCCCUUGUUUGGAUGAUGAGGAUUAGAUAUCAUUUUUUAAGAGUGUUAAUUUGAAUAGUGGGAAGAAUUGUACGAACAAACAACAGAAGGUUAUUUUUGUUGUUGUUGUUUUGUCUUGGAGCAGGAGAUAAUGAUAGUAGUGGGUUCUCAAUCA